AUGGAGCUGGACACCGAUGAAGAGGAUGAGGACGAAGAUGACGAAGAGGAAAACAAAUUCGAAGACAUAGACUUUGCGAAGCCGCUCAACGACACAAUACCCGCCGAACCAGCUUCAUUAGAACUCAACCUCACGGCGCAUCAGGCUACCACCUCGCCGGGGAGGGGCAGAGAGAGGCGAAAGCCGAUCACCAAAGAAGAAAGGGAGCGCCGCAUUCAAGUUCAUCAAGUCCACCUUCUGUGCCUCCUCUGUCACAUCUCGCGUCGAAAUCGCUGGUGUAACGACACCAAGGUGCAGGAGGCUUUGCGCCCGCAUCUCACUGCGAAGACGGUCAAUUACCUCAAUCCAGGAGCCAAUCUGUCGCAGUUUGGUCAGGCAGAAAGCUUGAAGAACGGGCUUAAACAGGCAGGAAGCAUGUGGGAAAGCAAGUUUGAGAUCAGGGAGCGAGGGCUGCGGCGAGCUCUCUGGGCAGAGGAUCCAGCGCAACUUCAAGACUAUGAGCCUCCGAACGACAUGGACUCCUGCAUGGACCGCAAAGACUUUCAGGAUUUGGCGAAGAAGCUGCAAGGUUCACGCGAUGUUGGCGCACAGCUGUACUGCGCGCUGCUGAGGAGCGCAGGCGUUCGAGCGAGGCUCGUCUGUUCGCUCCAGCCGCUGUCAUUUCUGCCUAGCGCGCCGCCGCUUCCAAAGCCCAAGAAGAGCGCGACGACCCCGAAGUCAUCCCAAAAGGAGCGGGCUCGCGAUGCGCUCGCUAAGUAUGAAGCGCUUGCCGAAAGCGCGAGCGCAGCAUCCCCUAGCAGCAGCGCAACUGCGCGUCGACGGCUCGGCCAUCCCAAUGCGACAGCAUACAGCUUCACUCCAGUCCCGUCUCCUCCGAGGCAAAACCGGGCGUUUGACACACCGGUGAAAAUCCGGGAAUCACCGUACCCGGUGUACUGGGUCGAGGUCCUCGACGUUGGACAUCAAAAGUGGCAACCCGUGGACCCCGUCGUAUUACACACGUUUUGGAAGCCCAAGGCAUUCGAGCCGCCCAUCACGGAUAAAGAAAAUUGCCUCUCUUACGUGGUGGCGUUUGAGGCCGAUGGGACGGCCCGGGAUGUCACACGGCGCUACGCGAAAGCAUACACGGCAAAGACACGCAGGUUGCGCGUGGAAAACGCACUCGAAGAUGGUGGGCAUUGGUGGCGAAAGGUCAUGAACCUGUAUCGCCCGAAGAGGCACACCGAUCUCGACCAGAUUGAGGACACCGAGCUGGCCGGAGUGGAGGCAAGAGAGCCCAUGCCACGCAAUGUUCAGGACUUUAAGGACCACCCUGUUUUUGCGCUGGAAAGGCAUCUCCGAAGGCAUGAGGUCUUGGUCCCCGGAGCGACGCCAUCUGGAACCGUCGCAACAGGGAGCCGCGGUCCACUGGAGAGGAUAUUUCGUCGCAAAGACGUUCGCAUCGCGAAGAGCGCCGACAAGUGGUAUCGCCUUGGUCGAGAGGUCAAGCCAAACGAAAUUCCUGUCAAGUGGCUCCCGAAAAGGGCUCGGCCGAAGAACUCGCGAUAUGACGAGGAAGAUGCGCACGUGGAAGACGAGGUCGUGGGUACCCCUCUAUACACAGAGGAUCAGACGGAACUCUACGAGCCACCGCCCGUUCGCAAUGGACGUGUGCCGAAGAACAAGUUUGGAAACAUUGAGGUGUAUGUGCCCCACAUGGUUCCGCGAGGAGCCGUCCAUAUUGUUCACGAGCACGCAACCCGAGCGGCACUCAUUCUUGGAGUUGACUACGCUCCUGCCCUAACAGGGUUUGAGUUCAAGGGGCGCCAAGGCACAGCGGUGCUGCAUGGCAUCAUUGUGGCCUCCGAGUUUGACGAAGCGAUCCGGGAUGUCAUCAACGGCCUUGGGGAUGUACAACAGGAGCUUGAAGAUGAACGGAAACGACUUGUUGCGCUCAGGAUGUGGAGGAAGCUCCUGAUGGGCCUGCGCAUUCGGGAGAGGAUCUGGAGUGGCGUGGACGAAGAAGAGAGGCGGGAGGCUGACAGACAGGCGGAGCUGGACGCCGCGAUGGCGAAUGCGGACGGUGAGAGCGACGCGACGGACGAGUUUGACAUGGUCGUCAACGAUGAGGAUGAUGAUAUGGCAGGCGGGUUUCUCGUCGACUAG